CUGGAGUCUCGUCGGUAAGAGCUCUCGCGGAGCUCUCACCGGUGUUUUCGCUCGGGCGCGAAGGAUCGUCACAGACAGGUCGGCAGGUCGAGUGUCGAAAUCGCGACGGAUUCGAGUGUGCACGUAUCGUCGCGAUACAGAAUACCGCUCCAUAGUCCGACGACCGGUCUGCCGUCCGACAUUUUUACGCGAAACAGUCGGCCUAGCCGGGGUGGAUCAACGAGCGUCGUUUAAAACGACGUAGUCGAUCGCGCUUCGCGCGAGGACGCCGCGGUCAAUUUCGAAGGCGUAAAAACAGGUGUCGCGUAACUUGGAGCGAACGCGAACGGCAUUUCGAAGCGCGCCAAUGUACGGACGGGACGACGAAUGUAUAUCCGUCCCGAUACCGUGCUGCGCGAUCAGCUGAUAACAUUUCGCCGCAAACGAGCGCGCGUCGCUCGGCUCAUUUCUUGAAUGCAGUCGCUUUCUCGAAGCAUCGCUGGAUAGCACCGCGCGGCUCCUCCUCCGCUCCGCUCCGGCUACGCCGUUGAGUUCCUCUCGCAACGACAUACAACAACGAGUUCACCGACGGAUUAAAGCGGAUUUGAAGUCGGCGAGCGUUUGAGUAAAAGUAACCGCCGGCUUUUCGAAGCGAGGCGGAAGCGAGGCGAGCGCGGAACGAGUCGUGGAGUAUCCGGACGAGAAUGGAGAUUGUCAAGGAGGAAUGAUAGGAUGCAAGAGGGUAACACGGCCGUUGCGCUAGCGAUGGUGACUCCUGGAUACGAUCAGGACCCUGCCAGCGGGGUCGCGGACUAUACGACUCAUCAGGAUCAGGCUCAGUUCGAGGCUGACAAGAGGGCCGUAUACAAACAUCCGCUCUUCCCGUUAUUGGCGUUACUCUUCGAAAGAUGCGAGCAAGCGACCCAGAGUUCGGACAACUCCACAUCCGAAAGUUUCAACAUGGAUAUACAGGCCUUCGUCCAACACCAAGAAAGAGACCGAAAGCCCUUCCUGAUCAAUGACCCCGAGAUUGACGGUUUGAUGAUCAAGGCGAUACAGGUGCUGCGUAUCCAUCUGCUGGAGUUGGAGAAGGUACAGGAGUUGUGCAAGGACUUUUGCAACAGGUACAUCACGUGUCUGAAGGGCAAGAUGCAGAGCGAGAACUUGCUGCGCAGCGACUACAGCCAUGGACACGACAUGGGUCCGUCGAGUGGGAGCAAUGGAAGCAGUCCGUUGCAGGUGCUGUCAUCUACAGGCAAUGAUGUUGAGUCGGGAGCUAACGGAUUCAGAGUGAGCCGAGGGGACUCCCUGGCGGAGAACGAUGGCGCGAGUCAGAUCGCGCGUGAAGAGAGCAUCAGUAACGACCAACCGUCGUCGGUCCGAUCGUCUUCCGCCGCCCAGCGUUCGGCCAAAUCCACUAACCAAGACCACGACGAUCCGCUCUCACCGUCCGCGGUACACGGAAGCACGCCUCUCUCGCAAAUCGGGGCGCAUCCAUGCGCUCCGGUUAACGAUAUGUAUCUUGGUCAAGAUAUUACUGUUACAGGCUCGCCUUCUCCCGCGGCGAGCGAGGACGAAGACGAGGGCUGCGCUGCUACUGGCAAUGCAGCUUCGAAUCACUCUGGAAAUCACAGAAGUAAUCACGGUAGCGCCAGAAAAGGACGCCAGAAGCGGGGUGUUUUGCCUAAACAAGCCACCGGAAUUAUGCGAACGUGGCUCUUUCAGCAUUUAGUACAUCCUUACCCGACCGAGGACGAGAAACGUCAGAUCGCCAGUCAGACGAAUUUAACGCUGUUACAAGUGAACAAUUGGUUUAUCAACGCCCGUCGACGGAUCCUUCAACCCAUGUUGGACGCCGGCGCGGAAACGGUACCGCGCGUAGGAAAACGUCACAAGGUUUCGAAGCACACCGCCGUGCAGCAACAAACACCGCAGCAACAACAGCAAGCGGGCUGGCAGUCCGAAGAUUCGGCGAGUGAUUCGGGCUCCAGCGACGGCGAGGGGGAUGCUGCUAGAUCGAAAGACGGUAACGAUAGCGAUGAAGAUGAUCUUCACUGACCUCUGUCGAUCACUGAAACGUCAACCUCUUUACGGUACCUUCAAAUCCAGUUGCUCAUUACAGUAUUAAGGUAUUCGGGAAUAGAUAUCGCUUUAACUGUCAAAUACGUAAUUAAUCGCGCAAGAGUUAAGAAUACGUGGGUAGAGGUUAUCACGCUCUCUGAUCAUUCGAUACUCUGACCAUCCGUCAGCUGCUGUCUACGACCGUUAGUUUACUUCCUUUCUUUCUUUUUUUUCUUUUUUUUUUCUUUUUCCUUUUUUUCUUCUACGAUACAGCCGGUUUGACUCCUUUUUCACCUCGACUCAUUACCCACAUAUUAACGUCAGAGACGAGAACUGAGAUUGAGUAGGUACUAGAAAGAGCAGCUUAAACUUAAAUACAUACAACUUCAACAAACGAAAUAGGAAUAUACGUUUGCAUUAAGCUAUGAGAAAUGUUAUUUAUUUUUUGACGACAAAUUUUUAAGUGAACGCGCAAAUAGUGAAAAUAAAAAUUCAAACUUU